CCCAGAGUUCACCUUACCAGAAAUGAGCUCUGCUGCAGGAUUUGACACAAAAAGCCUGCAUUGCAACUAGACAGGAUGACAUGCAGGCUUGAUGAGCAACACAAGAACACACAAAAUUCAGGCGCAGUGAUAUUGGUGAAGAGCGUGCAGCAUGGACACAUCAGAGAACGUCUCAUUGUCGUACUAUGAAAGCAGUAUGAACGCGACAUCAGAGAAUACAUCCUUAGAGUAUGGGCAAAGCAUGUACCAGCCAGAGAACGAAUCAUUGGCGUACUUGGAGUAUGAUUAUUCUGACAUCUGCGGCCAGGAUAACGGACCAGAGUUCUUCAUCGGACCCAUGGUCUCGACAGUCCUUUACUAUGUGCUCUUUGGUGUGGGUCUGAUAGGCAACAGUGCAGUUCUGUGGGUUCUUCUCCGGUACAUAAAGCUGAAGACUAUGACUGAUGUGUGCCUACUCAACCUGGCUCUGUCCGACCUUCUAGUGGCUUUAUCCCUGCCUGUCUGGGCUAGCGGCUACCAAGACUUUGUAGCAUGCAAACUGACAACAGGAGUUUAUCAGUUAGGCUUCUACAGUGGGACCUUGUUUGUGACCCUGAUGAGCGUGGACCGCUACCUGGCCAUCGUGCACGCUGUGGCAGCCAUGAGAGCCCGGACACUUUGCUAUGGGAUCAUAGCCAGCAUUGUUAUCUGGGUUGUAUCCGUCGCCAUGGCUCUCCCUCAGGUGAUAUUUGCUGCCCUGGAGCUGAAUGAAGAAAACAACAGCUCGGAGUGCCAGCCCUUAUAUCCAGACGAAACGCAGUAUUUUUGGAAGUUGCUGCGAAACUUCAGGGAGAACAUCUUAGGCCUUUUUGUGUGCCUCCCCAUCAUGAUUUUCUGUUAUGUGAACAUCCUGGUUGUGCUGUCCAAGUCGAGGAACUCCAAGAAGGCAAAGGCAGUGAAGCUGAUUUUCACCGUGGUGUGCGUGUUUGUGGUUUGCUGGGUCCCGUACAACGUCGUGAUUUUCCUUGAGACGCUGGAGCUGCUGGGAAUCAUAAAAACCUGUGGCGCUUCGAAAGCCAUCGUCUCUGCAAUGAGCUACGCAGAGAUCAUCGCGCUGUCUCACUGCUGUGUAAACCCAGUGAUCUACGCAUUUAUAGGCGAGAAGUUUAGGAAGUCAUUGGGCAAGGUGUUGCCCAGAUACUUCUGCUGGAGUCACACAAGCUGGGGGACUGUCAGCCAAAGAGACACCACAGAGACUUCCAACACAGCUGUAAAGUCGGAGCAUUAAAAGUGCGUCAUCUGUGCGGUGGUGGUGGGGGCUUCCGUGUUUGCUGUGCUGGUUUUGUACUUUCUGUUUUUCUUUUUUUUUUAAGUGAAAGACUCCACAGUUGAACAAUUGGGUGUGUGGGUGCACCAUAGUGCAUGUGGUUUGUGCGUCUGCGCUUUAAAAUGGUACCUGUGCUCCGUAAAGAAGCGAUUCAUUUUGAAAGUGCACAGAAUGAAAGUGUGCAAAGGUACUGAAUGUAUCAAGUAUUCUUCAGCUAUGUUGUUAUUGUGAAAUAAAAUUUUUAAAACCA